CCUCCCGCACCGCGAGGGCCGCGCCGGGGCAGAGCGGCGCGGGCGGGCGGAGGCUCCUGCCGGCUGCAGGGGCUCCGGGUCGCCGCCUCCCGCGGCGCACGUGCGGCUGCAGCCGUGCGCCGAGCUCCCGCCCCGCGGCUGCUUUGUUGCCUCUGGGCUGCCGGCACCAUGCACACUCCGGACUCCGCGGGCCCGGGCGACGCGCGUGCGCCCUGUGGCAGUGAGGAGUGACUGUUCCUAAGUAAGGAACAAGGCUCAGCCAGCAUGGGCUCCCCCUUCUUGGCGCUGAUAAAGUUGAGCCACUGGAAAGUUCUGCCAUGGUGGACAUCAUGGACAUCUGUGAGUCAAUCCUGGAGAGGAAAAGGCAUGAUAGUGAAAGGUCUACAUGCAGUAUCUUGGAGCAGAAUGACAUCGAAGCAGUUGAGGCUCUUGUUUGCAUGAGCUCCUGGGGUCAAAGAUCCCAGAAAGGUGACCUGUUAAAGAUAAGACCCCUCACACCUGUCUCUGACCCUGGGGACGUCACCAGCACUGUGCAUGUGGACACAGCCACGCCUGAGCUACCAAAGGACUUCGACUCUUUAUCGACUCUGUGCAUGACUCCUCCUCAGAGCCCUGAUCUUGUGGAGCCAUCGACGGGGACACCUGUUCCUUCCCAAGUAACUGAUUCCAAAGCAUGCAUGGUCAAGACCAUCACCCCAGCUUCUGCUGGGGCAGCCAAAGUGCUGAGCAGGAAGGCGGAGAGGGGCCUUCCGGAUCUGAAGACAGAGUCACUGGAGCCAGCCUCCAGUAACCCCUGCAGGCCCAUGGUGACAAGUGUCAUCCGCCACACAGGGGAGAGCCCUGCUUCUGGUCAGAUGCCUACUGCCCAGAUUCCAGAAUGCCAACUUUCUGUCAACAGAGAAGGAGCAGCACAGUUUCUGGGACAUCCUGAAGCUUCGCUGGGGACACAGCUCACAGACAGUCUACUGAACACUAACUCAGUGUCGUGUCAGCCUUGCUUGCACAAGUCUGUUGGCCUGGUCCCCGCUGACAAAGGCCAGCAGACAGGGUGGCCUGUCGCAAUUCAAACCUGCUCACCAAAGAAUUAUGAAAGUGACUUGCCAAGGAAAGCAACCCCUCUGGUUUCUGUCCCUGUCCCCAGUUCCCCUGUCUUUUGCCAAAUGAUCCCUGUGACUGGACAGAGUGGCAUGUUCUCAGCUUUUCUGAAACCUCCUCCCCAAGUGUCUGCAGGGACUGUCAAACCCAUCCUUCCCCAUGCUGCUGCAGUGCCCCAGCCUGUGUUCGUGGGACCGCCUGUGCCUCAGGGAGCUGUGAUGCUGGUCCUACCCCAGGCGGCCCUCCCCCAGCCUGCCACCUCGGUGUCCAGUGUCGUGGCUGUGGGGAAUAGCAAGUUCUUGCCCCUCGCCCCUGCCCCAGUGUUCAUUGCCUCCGGUCAAAACUGUGCCCCUCAGGUAGACUUUUCCCGAAGGAGAAAUUAUGUUUGCAACUUCCCAGGUUGCCGGAAAACCUACUUCAAAAGUUCCCACCUCAAGGCUCAUCUUCGCACCCACACAGGAGAGAAGCCUUUUAACUGUAACUGGGACGGCUGUGAUAAAAAAUUUGCUCGAUCCGACGAACUGUCCCGCCACCGGCGAACUCACACCGGGGAGAAGAAGUUCGCGUGCCCCGCGUGCGAGCGGCGCUUCAUGCGCAGCGACCACCUGACCAAGCACGCCCGGCGCCACGUGACCACCCGGAAGGCCCCGGGCUGGCAGGCGGAGGUGGGCCGGCUCAGCGCGCUCGCCUCGGCCGAGAAGCCGGGGGCCCCGGGGGCCGUGCCGGCCUCCGCCUGAGAGCUCGGCCGGGGAGCUGCCCGGCAGCUGGAGGAGGCGUUUUUCAGGAUUGGAACUGAUGGUUUUCUCUCCCCCCCAAAAUGGGGGGGGGGGGGUUGCAGGAGAAAGCGGGGAGCUGGUUCUGAUGAAAGUAUGUUAAACUUUUCCUUUUUUGGUUGGGACCCUGUUCAAUCUCUUUUGUAGUUUCAGAAGUUUUUUUUUUUUUUUUUUUUUGAGGAAAUGGAAGAAAAUUGGAUCAUCUGAAUCACCAGCAUUCAAACCGACAUUUCGGCAAUAAGGUUUACAAAAUCUGGAUUUUUACAACCUUUCUAUUCAUGUUUUGUAGAACUGAGACAGGGUACUAAUUUUUAUACUGUUUUUUAUUACAAUAUUUAUAUUGUUGGUGUUCCAACCACCAAUUUCUAGAUAAGUGAUUUUACAGUCUUCUUUUCAGUGUUCAACAAUGGUUUUCGUAAUAACUCUACUUUUGGUAAAUUUGGCACAUUAUUCAGCCACAGAAAAAAACAAAACAAA